AGGUUGAAAUUACAAGAUAAGAUACAAUCUAUAUUUUAUAAUAAAUUCGAAUAAACUGAGAAUAUGGUUAGUAUCGUUCAAGAUGGAAUCUAGACUUGGUAUCAUCUACAUCGUACUGUCUAUUGGAAUAUGUGUAAAUUCUCAAGAGGAUAAUGUGGGACAUGUUGUGUCGCCAUCUUAUUUAAAUGGUGGACUUGGUAGAAAUAUAACUUUUAGACUACUAAACGAAAUAAAACUGAACGGAAUUUUGGGAGCCAACAGGGACCUUACUGACCAGGUCUGUGAUGGGGACACUUGUACAGUGGGCAAUGUAAAAUAUACACUUGACACCAGCAACCCAACGGAUGGAUUCCUUAUAACAUGGGAAACAAACGACACAUCCGAGGUAUUUAAGGAUUGUUACAACCUGUCAACCUUUAACUGGUACGGUGGUCCACAAAGGUACACCCAAAAAUGGCCUAUCGAAAAACAAGUGUUAAAUGGCAACGAUCCGUACGUUAUUAAGAAGACCGAUAAUUUCGCCGUAGCUGAGAGGUACUGGUUGAAUUCGAAAGGGGCGUACAUUUUUAUUGAUGACAAGGUGCCGCUCUUUAUCGAUCAGAACAAUGAAAACAAUGGCACCUUGUGUCUGAUUGCCAAGGCGGAAAAUCCUUACAUCAAAAGAACGAGGGUAAUUCUUCAGUAUAGGGUAGGGAUAAAAGGUAAUCCUAAACUGGCUCAUCUGCAUGCGGUAAAUAAUUAUUUGGGCAAGCCGAAAGGUCACCCCAACGAAAAAAUGAUAAAAGAACCAAUCUGGACAACUUGGGCUAAGUUCAAGAGGGAUAUAAACGACGACAUUGUGCUGGGAUUUGCAAACGAUAUAAUCGGCCAUGGCUUUAAAGGAGGGCAAGUGGAAAUUGAUGAGGAUUGGGAAACUUGUUUCGGUUCGCACGUGUUUAAAGCUGAUAAAUUUGCAAAGAUCAAAGAGACGGUUAAAACCAUCAAGGAUUUGGGCUUUAGGGUUGCCUUGUGGAUCAAUCCUUUCGUUAACAAUGAUUGUGAAGACUAUUCUUCCAUUGGGACUGAAAAAGGAUAUUUUGUUAAAAAUGAAAAUGGUAGUACAAGGGCUAUAUGGUGGGAGAGCGAUGACGCCCAUCAAAUAGACUUUACAAAUCCAGAGGCUGCGGAAUGGUUUUCAACGAGGAUCGCUGUCCUUAAAGAGGAUCCAGGGGUGGAUGGUUUCAAGUUUGAUGCAGGGGAAACUGACUAUGCCAUUCCCCCCUCGCUUUAUGAAAAUAUGGACCCAGAAGAAGUGCCCAACUGCCUCACCAUUCACUACGUGAAAACUGUUGCUGAAUUUGGGGACCUCAUUGAAGUUAGAUCAGCUUGGAGAACUCAGGAAAUUCCUAUAUUUGUUAGAAUGAUCGACAAAGAUUCGGUCUGGGGGGAUGAUGACGGCUUGUAUACCCUCAUUACCACUUUACUGCAAAUGAACAUGAAUGGUUACACCAUGGUUUUACCCGACAUGGUUGCUGGAAACGGCUACAAAGCACAACCGACUGCAGAGCUCAUUGUCAGAUGGACAGAGGCCAAUACCUUUAUGCCUGCUUUGCAAUUCAGUUACCUUCCAUGGGACUACCCUUCGGAAGAAUUCGACGGUACUGAAAUAGUGAGAAAAUUUGUCGACUUGCAUGCCGCAUACGGCGAUGAAAUUAUCAAAGCUAUGGAGGCCAGUAUAUCCGAUGGUACCCCCGUAAACCCUCCAAUUUGGUGGGUCGAUCCUUUUGAUGAAGCAGCUCUAGCUUGCGAUGACGAAUUUUUACUUGGUGAAAGUAUCUUGGUGGCACCAGUAGUUUUAGAAGGCGCCACUUCAAGAGAUAUCUAUUUGCCUCAAGGCUCGUGGAAGGACGGUAACGAUGGAACAGUUUAUGAUGGACCUAUUACCUUACAGGACUAUUCUGCCCCUAUUGAUGUUCUGCCGUAUUUCAUUAAACAGUAAUUGAGAA